AUGUUGGGCCAGACUGAUCAAUCCAUUCGGGCACUUCCACCCGAUGUGGCUUUCAGGAUCAAAUCUUCAACCUCGAUUAUUGAUUUGCAUGGGGUCGUCCUGGAGUUGGUGAAGAACUCGCUUGACGCAGGAGCUCAGAUAAUCUCCGUCACUGUCGACUUCAAGCGAGGAGGCUGUGUCGUGGAGGACAAUGGACAGGGAAUCGUGCCCGGAGAGUUUGAGUCUAGCGGCGGCCUUGGAAAAGCGUAUCAUACCUCCAAAUACGGCGUUGCAGAUGUGUAUGGGCACCGAGGACUCUUUCUUUCAUCUUUGGCAUCCUUGUCGCUCCUGACUGUGACGUCUCGCCACGAAGGACACAGCAGCACGAGCUCAAUUGUCUUCCAUCGUGCGAGACCUGUGGCACGAUUAGUACCUGUCUCACAUGGUCAAGGUCUCCAGCUACGUGGCCAUGGCACUCGCGUUGCCGUUCAUAAUCUAUUCGGAAACAUGCCGGUUCGCGUUCGGAACCGGGCUCUGAAUCUCAAAAAACCAGGGGAGAUGGAGAAGGAAUGGGAAAUUUUGAAGCAUGCCCUGGUUUCAUUGACACUUGCCAAUGGCCAGCUGUCAAAGCUCAGUUUAUCCGAUGAGUCGCGCGGGAGAAGCGUUGUGCUUCGCCCGAGAACGUCGGAAAAUGAGAUCGAUCUAGGACAUAUAGGCUCCAUUCUCUCACAGUCUGGAUAUACGGAGUCGCCGAGCAUGAACUCUUGGCAAGUGGUAUCCGCAUCUACUACCGGCCUGCACAUACAAGCGGCGAUGUCAACUUCGACGAGUCUUUCAAAAAAGGUGCAAUUCAUUUCUUUAGGCAAAGAUCCAGUUUUUUCAUGGCACCCGUUCAACGUCUUAUAUGGUGAGAUCAAUCAGCUCGUGGCUUCUUCCGGUUUUGGGGCCGAAAAGAGGAUGCCUCAGUCGGAGAAUGCGAGUCCAUGGGCAUCGGCAGAUUGUCCUUCAGAAUCGAUGAAUGUGUUGAGACGCCGCAGCGGGCUGAAGCCUAUUAGCAGAUGGCCAAUGUUUGUUGUUCGCAUUGAUGCAAGGCAGCGCGAGUCCACUUAUGGGGAUGAGCCUUCUCCCGGGCUUGAGAAGUCUAUUCAAGAGAUACGGAACGUUCUGCAAGCCAUGGUAAUGGAAUUUUUGAACCAACAGGAAUUGAAACCCUUCAAACCUCGCAGAGAUGAUCUUCAGUCACGGCGUGUUCCCAGCAGACCAAGUGCUACACGCAUCGACUCUACCCGGUCUGAGACCAGUCAUAUUCGUCGUCAAAGGGCGAGUGUCGAAGAAGACUUUGCAAGCACAGUCAAGCUGCCGCUUCUAGGGAGAUCGCGGUCAGCAAUCCUCGGAACUCAAUUCAGCAACUGGUCGCGCAUCAAGUCGGCCAGGGAAAAUGAGAUAGCUGUGACUGAGAAGGGCAGGAUCGAUCUGCAGCCUGGCUCUACGAGCGACUCUGAAUAUCGUCCGUCAUCCCCAAAGCAGAUGAUGUCCGGUGCGAUCCAAUGCCCGCAUUAUGGCGUAACUUCUGACCAAAAAGAGCACGCCCACGAAGAUGACGGCAGCAUCUUAGAUCGCGACAAGGUCGGGUCUUCAACGAAGAAUAUUUCCGAGUCAGCGAGUGAUACCUUGAUACCCUGGGUUGACCCAAGGAGUGGCAAACUGCACCAGAUCAACUCGCGAACGGGGCAAACUGUGAACCUGCGAAAGAUCAUCGCUGGCCCAAGAUCAAAUAGCUUUCUGACCACAUUGCAACGACACGGUCGAUCUCAGGCGCCAAGAUCUGUCUCUGCUCCCUCUCCCUGGGUAGACAAUUUGCUCGAGACCUGGCAGAAUCCUGUCUUUUCUAGAGCAGAGGCGCGCGUGCCAAGUUUGGAAUUUGUUAGUGACAUACCUCAUUCUGUGCAGCACUCGAGAUUCUGUCAGGAUGACAUUGUCACUUUGAAUGAGACUCAGCUUCUUCGAUUUCGAGGCAAACUAAAUCGCCAAAGUUUGCGACUGGCCACGGUCAUUGCGCAGGUGGACCGAAAGUUCAUCCUUGCCAAACUUGGUUCCAACCAGUCCAAGAUGCUCUAUGAUGGCGAGUCACAAGGCGUCUUGGUACUGAUCGAUCAGCAUGCCGCUGACGAGCGCUGUCGGGUUGAGCAGCUAUUCGAAGACUUGUUCAUAUCACCGGGCUCUGCGUCUCGACAUGACCAAGUUCAAACUGUGGAAAUUGAUCCAAUCACGCUGCGCGUCUCCUCCCCGGAGCUUAAACUUUUCCAAAGGUACUCCAAAGCUUUGACUCGCUGGGGGAUUUCGUACCGCGUCGCCAACAGAGACGCUUCUGGUGGAAUCAUUUCCGUUAUUACUUUGCCGACCGUCAUUGCUGAGAGGUGUCGACUCGAACCUGAGUUGCUCGGGGACCUCAUUCGUCGAGAGGUUUCCCUUUUUGAAGCUGGUGAAAAGCCAAAUCAGAGAAGAUUAUCUGAAACGGAAUGCCGAUUGGACUCCGAUACCAUUCGGAACGCAAAUGAACUAGGGAGCAUUGACACAGACUCUGAACAUCUCUGGGUGCACAAGAUGAAUGGAUGUCCGCAAGGCAUUCUGGAUCUUCUCAACUCCCGAGCAUGUCGAGGAGCCAUCAUGUUCAACGAUGAUCUUGACAUGGCUGAAUGCGAAAGAUUGGUUGCAAGGCUUUCCAAAUGUGCGUUUCCCUUUCAAUGUGCCCACGGUCGGCCGUCGAUGAUUCCUAUCUUGGACAUGCGAGCACAAUCUGGAUUUGAGCCAUCCCAAUCCGUUCCUGAUGUGACACGUUCAACAAGUGUUGAAGACGAUCAUCUGGAACCCGCGUUUUUGGAUGCCUUUAGGAAAGCAUAUCGACGCUGA